UGUUCCCACGGCUAAAUAAAGAUGUUAGAAGUUAGAUAAGCCUUCUCUGGCCACUGUAUAGUACAAGUCUUCGUACAGUCAGCAGACAACAUUUAAAAUGAAGUUUUUUGUUGGAGUUUUGUUCCUCGUGCAGCUCGCUGUUUCUGUGAGGUUUGAUGGAGACCAGGUGAUUACAGUUGUUCCACGAACACCACAACACGUCAAAUUGCUACGAGACGUGGGAAGAGUUACAGAGGUCGAUUUUUGGAGUCCAGAUGAUGCAUCUGGUGUUCUUGUUGGACAUCCAGUCGACAUUCGAUUUCCAGGAUCUUAUGCUAAGGUGGCCAAAGAGCUUCUCCGAAAAGCCGGCAUGAGUUACCAGAUCAAGAUCGAGAACGUACAAGAACUCGUCAACAAGCAGUUUGAUAGAAAUGGGGCUCACACACGAGCUGGAGGUUACGACUACUAUGUUUACCACACUUAUGAUGAGAUUCAGCAGUGGAUUUCAGACAUGGCAACCCAGUUUCCAACCCUGGCCCGACAAAGCUUAUUGACCACUUCUACGGAAGGCCGUGCAGUAAACAUGCUCACACUUGGUUCUUCUACCGAUAAACCGAUCUUUCUUAUUGAUUGUGGAGUUCAUGCUCGUGAAUGGAUUGCACCAGCAUUCUGCCAAUUCUUUGUGCAUGAGUUACUUACUUUAUAUGAGACGGAUGCGCAAGUUAAGACGAUGAUGGACGAACUGACGUGGGUGAUUGUUCCUCUUUUGAACGUUGAUGGUUACGAAUACACCUGGUCUGACGACCGAAUGUGGCGAAAGACAAGAUCCAACUACGGCACCGCUUGCUCUGGUGUUGAUGCGAACAGGAAUUUCGAUAUUAACUGGUCGGGAGAGGGCGCCUCGACCAACCCAUGCAGCAACACAUAUUGUGGGCCAUCUGUUGAAUCGGAACCUAUUGUUAAAGCUCUCUCAGACAUUAUUCGGGAAAAUACUGGAAACAUAAGAGGUUACAUCGCAUUCCACAGCUACAGCCAGGUGUUCGUGUACCCUUACUCAUACGCAUUCGAGGAUACUGCCAACGCGGAUCAGUUGUAUGACUUGUCCUCUCGGGCUUCCCAGGCGAUCAAAGACACUACUGGAAUGGAUUAUACCUUCGGACCUGGCUAUGAUUCUAUGUACCUUGUUUCUGGUGGUUCAAAAGAUAUGGCUUACAACAAUCAGAUCCCAUUAUCGUGGACGGUCGAAUUGAGAGAUACUGGUAGAUACGGCUUUGUUCUGCCAGAGUCGCAGAUCGAAGGAACUUGUCAAGAAAUGUAUCAAGCCAUGAUCGUGAUCGCUGACGAGGCAAUGAAAGGUUGAAUCAGCACAAAACACGUCAAUAAAAAUGUCUUACAUUAUCUUUAAAUACAAUUAUGGUGGACAUAUUUGGGUAUCGGGUAACUGCUUUUAAAACACGUAUAGCGUACCAUAUACAGUUGCAAUUAAGUUUUUAAGCUGGUUACUUUGCGUUAACUUCUAUAAUUAUGGUGAAUUCUUAUGAAUACAGAUCGCUAUAGUAAUACAGACCAUUUUCAAAUUAAA